AUGGUGAAGCGCAAGUUGCUGGAUGGUAUGUAUGGCGGCGAAUAUGCCUUCCAGCAGGACUUGAACAAGCCCUCCUUCUCUCCCGCUCACGACAGCCACUUCAUAUUCGUGCCCGACUUGAUGGCCAAGGCGGCGCAGUGGAAGCGCACCGAGGUAUUCGUGUCCAUCAGCGAGGAUGGCUCUGCGCUGCCGGUUAUCAAGCAUUACGUCGACGUGAGGGAUAACCCCGAGACGGCCCCGGUCAUCACCCACAUCAAUGAUGUUGACGCUGCCAGCUGCGUCGAGGCGCUUGCCGUGAACAGUACCGAAUGGAGUGAUAUAGACGCUGGCUACACGCCAUGUUCAUGUCGCGAGCUAGAACCCGUCCCCUCUCGGCCGUUUCCAAGGUACCGGUACAUCUUCAAGGUGCCUCAGUUGGACGGUGUCAAGGACGGUGCAUUUGCCAGAUUCCCCAGACCCGAGGCUGCCACCUCGAAUCUUGCGGUCCCUGGCUACUACCUUCACGGGCCCGGUCUAGAUGACGUUGCCGUCCUCAGAAUCGCUAGCUUUGUUGGCAACAGCACUACCGAGUUCCAAUCAGUGUGCCGCAAGUUCUUGAGAAUGGCCGCCGCCGCCGGCAAGACGAAGCUAGUCAUCGACAUAAAGGCCAAUGUCGAUGGCAUCUACCUACUGACCCUCGACCUGCUCCACCAACUGGUGCCCGACAUCGAGGAGGAUAUCUUCCUGCGCGGCAUGAUGAGCGACGGAUCCAUCGUCCUGUAUACGGACUACCGCUUCGGCGUCGAUGUUGAGGACAGAAAAUUCAGCAAGUUUGAAGAUAAAUUCUCAUCGCAGAUCUUCCAAGGAACGAACUACACGACGCUCUAUCGUUGGGAUCUGGAGGAUCCCCUGAUCACGACGAACAAGCAGUACGGCGCCGGAAUAAACAUUACGGGCUACGGGGCGCUGUCAAAGCCGGAGAAGGCGCUCUUUGUUGCUGAGAACAUCGUCGUUCUCCACGACGGCAUUUGA